CGUAAACCAAGAAUGCCGAGUCAUAAGUAAAAUUUGUUAAUAAGUCGAAGAAACAGCAUUAAUUAAUUGUCGAAAGAACAAAUUAAAUAUUGAAACGCAACGAAGUAGACGCCAACCAAGAUGACUGUCACUAAUCGGAUGGAAAUCGAGUCUGCCUACCAAAAAGGCGAAGGCUUCCGUUCCUAUUACAUCCAGAAGAUCGAGGAACUGCAGCUCAUUGUGGCCGAGAAGAGCCAGAACUUGAGGCGUUUACAAGCCCAGCGUAAUGAGCUGAAUGCCAAAGUUCGUAUGCUGCGUGAGGAAUUGCAGUUGCUCCAGGAACAGGGCAGCUAUGUGGGCGAGGUAGUGAAGCCAAUGGACAAGAAGAAGGUGCUGGUUAAGGUCCAUCCCGAGGGCAAGUUUGUGGUGGAUCUGGACAAAAACAUCGACAUCAACGAUGUGACACCCAAUUGCCGUGUUGCACUGCGCAACGAGAGCUACACUCUGCACAAGAUUCUGCCCAACAAAGUGGAUCCAUUGGUGUCCUUGAUGAUGGUCGAAAAAGUGCCCGACUCCACUUACGAAAUGGUAGGCGGUCUGGACAAACAAAUCAAGGAGAUUAAGGAGGUGAUUGAGUUGCCCGUCAAACAUCCGGAAUUGUUCGAUGCCCUCGGCAUUGCCCAGCCGAAGGGUGUACUGCUUUAUGGACCACCUGGUACAGGAAAGACCCUGCUGGCCCGUGCCGUUGCCCAUCACACCGAGUGCACGUUCAUUCGCGUCUCUGGCUCCGAGCUGGUCCAGAAAUUCAUUGGUGAGGGAUCGCGCAUGGUGCGUGAACUUUUCGUUAUGGCCCGUGAACAUGCCCCCUCAAUUAUCUUCAUGGACGAAAUCGAUUCCAUUGGCUCAUCGCGUAUUGAGUCCGGUUCUGGCGGUGAUUCUGAGGUGCAGCGCACUAUGUUGGAGCUGUUGAACCAGCUGGACGGCUUCGAGGCCACCAAGAACAUCAAAGUGAUCAUGGCCACCAAUCGUAUUGACAUCCUGGAUCCGGCCCUUCUCCGUCCCGGUCGCAUUGAUCGCAAGAUCGAGUUCCCCCCACCAAACGAGGAGGCCCGUCUCGACAUCCUGAAGAUUCAUUCGCGCAAGAUGAACCUCACCCGUGGCAUCAAUCUCCGCAAGAUCGCCGAACUAAUGCCCGGUGCUUCGGGUGCGGAGGUCAAAGGUGUCUGCACCGAAGCCGGUAUGUAUGCGCUGCGCGAGCGCCGUGUCCAUGUCACCCAGGAGGACUUUGAGAUGGCCGUGGCUAAGGUGAUGCAGAAGGACUCGGAGAAGAACAUGUCGAUCAAGAAGCUCUGGAAGUAGACGACAGCCCUUAAGCACAUCAACUCUCCCACAUCCCUUGUGUCCCUUAAUACUUUUUUCAUUAAAUAUAUCAGUUAGUAAUACAUA